CCUGCCAUAGCCACCACCAAGACACUCACAAUGCUCUACCGCUCUGCUCGCGCCUUUGCUGCUACGACCCGUACUGGUCUUGGCGCGAACCAGGCUGUUGCUGGCCGCCGCUUCACCGCUGUCGACACGCGCGGUGGCAAGUCCAAGCUGAUCUUCCGUUUCGGCAUGAAGGACAUCCCCGUCGAGCUCUACCCUCUCGGCUUUGUGGUCAGCAUUGCCCUCGUGGCAGGCGGCGUUGCUCCGUCUCAAGCCGUCGCGCUCGUCGUAAAUGACGUCCGUCCCUGGCGUGACUGCCAGCAGCAAUUGAACAAGCAGCACGACGAUCAGCCGGCAACGUUCGGCGCGGCCCUGUCAGAAGAAGAAAGAUGAGCUAUGAAUAGGAAGAGCAUGAUGCAAGGAAAGACGUGAG